UGUCAUAAUGAUCAGAAAGAUGUUUUGUUCUUUCACAGGAUGGAGAAGUCCAGGAAGAUCUUCGUCAGUGUCCUCCUGUUUGUCAUGUCUGUGGAAAUCUGCUUGGCUCAACACUGGUCCUACGGCCUGCAACCAGGAGGAAAAAGGAACGCUGAAAACCUGGUAGAAUCAUUUCAAGAGACUGCAAACGAAAUGGAAAAAUUAGGGCAAGCACAGAAGAGCGAAUGCCCGGGCUCCUCUCAGCAUUCCAGGUUGAGUGAUCUGCAGGAAGCCGUGGAAAGUCUGAUCGAAGGAGAAGCUAGACGAAAGAAGAUUUAAAUCCACAAAGCCAAACGGAACAACGGACCCAGAACAAAAUUUCAAAGCUAUGUUAAAAUCAAUUCCUCUUCAAAUGGCCUUUGCUUAGAUUGCAUUAUGUGAAUAAAUACUCUGAAGCUGCAUUUAAAUAACAGAAGAUAAUUGUUGUGUAGAUUACUAGCUUAUAUGUAAAAGGGAACACAUUCCAGGCCAGUGGCCGGGACUCAGCAGCGUAGGGUCUGCUUUGUGUCCUGCAGUGAAAACUUGGACGUGACAGCUUUUGUUUCACAUGGACAGACAAUGCCUGCACAAAGGCACUGCCUGAUCUCACUAGUCUCUGGAUAAAACAGAAACACAACUUUGUUAAAAAUCAAGAAUAAACUUACCGUUGGAAUGUAAUUCCACUCGCA